AUGACCUGGGUGGCGGCGGCUCCGGGAAUCCUCGAAGGUUUGGUAAGUUUAUUGCUGACGGUGGCGUUGGCCAUCAGCGUCCGGGCUGAUGAAUGGUCGUGGGGUUCGGACGCCUCACAGGAGCGGCAGGCGACCCCCGCCGACCCCGUGACCACAACGGACGUCCAGGUGGAAGCGGAGUCACGUGAUCUAUCGGGGGAGGCGGCCGAGGGCGUCCACGAAGGACGACAAGGCCGCUUCUUGGGCCUCGGGAAGAAGCUGUGCGUCCUCGGCAUCGGUCCUGGCUGCGACAAGAAGACUUACCCUCCGGCGGUGGAGUCUCACUACGGGCGUCCCUCCGUCCCCCAAGUCACGUCCAGCUACGCCACCCUCAACCAUCAGGCCGCCCAUGCCCAGUCCACCGUCACUAACGGCAUCUCCGCCCCAAUCAAGGGCUCAUACCCUGCCCCUAAGCCUUUCUUCGCUCCCCCGAAGCCCCUGAACCCAUCUUACUCACCUCCCAAGCCCUUCUAUGGUGCCCCAACCCCUGACUAUGCUGCUCCCAAACCAGCCUACGUGGCCCCAGUACCAUCGUAUGCUGCCCCCAAACCAGCCUACGUGGCCCCAGUACCAUCCUACGCUGCUCCCAAGCCAGCAUAUGUUGACCCUGUGCCCACUUACGCUGCUCCCAAACCAACAUAUGUUGACCCAGUUCCAACCUAUGCCGCCCCUAAGCCGGCAUAUGCUACCCCUGUGCACACCUAUGGUAUUCCUGUGCCAACAUAUGCCGCCCCUAAGCCAAAUCCGACUUAUGCUAUCCCUGUGCCAACCUACUCUGCCCCUGUGCCCACCUAUGCUGCCCCAAAGCCAACAUAUAUUGCCCUUGUGCCCACUUAUGCAGCCCCUAAGCCAGCAUACACCUCUCACAACCACGCUCACCUCACGCCCACAUCGGUGGUGCAGCACAUCCACGCCCACACCCAUCUCCAUCAGCUGCCCUCCUCUCCCGCCCACGGUGCCUCUCCCUCCCUCGCGCCCCUCCCGCCCCACUCUGCCAUCCCCACAACCGCCGCUCAUGCGUCCCAAGGCGCCCUC